UUCGUUCAUCCUGUACAUGACAUGACUAUAAAUGGAACGAAACACAACACCUAACUUAGCUGUCAAAACUAAAGUGAACCCUGUAACCGAGGCUUACCGAAGGAUGCCAAUAUCAAGGCCGUUGAAGAUUUACUUCCUACCCUUCUUCGCGCAGGGACACCUCAUCCCACUCGUGCACCUUGCCCGCCUCGUCGCAUCACGUGGCCAGCACGUGACCAUCCUAACUACCCCUUCCAACGCACAACUCUUGGACAAGAUCAUCGACGAAGAAACCGCCGCCGGCCACCACAUCCGCGUCCACAUCUUCAAGUUCCCGUCAGAUCGCCUCGGCAUCCCCGCUGGCAUCGAGAAUCUCUUCGCCGUCUCAGACAGUGUCACCGCCAGCAAGAUCUACAUGGCGGCACAUCUCAUCAAGCCUGCCGUCGACUCCUUCAUCUCCGAAUCCCCGCCGGAUGUGUUCAUCCCGGACAUCAUGUUCACCUGGAGUGUAGCCUCGGCGAAACAAUUCAACCUCCCGAGGGUCGUCUUUAACCCUAUCUCUAUCUUCGACGUUUGCAUGAUCGAAGCCAUUAAGGCUCACCCAGAAGUAUUCGAAUCUAAUUCAGGUCCGUACGAAAUCCCAGGGUUACCUCACUCUCUAACGAUCCCGAUAAAACCAUCGCCGGGUUUCGCUAGAGUCACGGAGCCACUCGUUGAGGCCGAGAAGGACAGCCUCGGCGUCAUUGCCAACAGCUUCAGAGAGCUCGACGCUGAGUACACCGAGCACUACGAGAAUCACACCGGAAGGAAAGUAUGGCCUAUUGGUCCUACUUCUCUCAUGGUGCAAAAGACGGCUACAAGUUCCGUUAGUGAAGAAGAACAUGAAUGCCUGAAGUGGCUUUCUACCAAGGAAAACGGCUCUGUCGUUUACAUCUGCUUCGGGAGUAUGUGUCUUUUAUCGGAUGAGCAGCUUUACCAAUUAGCCUUGGGUCUGGAGAGCUCUGGACACCAGUUUCUGUGGGUGGUGCAUAGGAAGAAAACCAAUGAUGAUGAAGGUGAAGGUGAUGAGAAGUGGUUGCCCCAUGGUUUUGAAGAGAGGAUGAAGAAGGAGGACAGAGGGAUGGUGUUAAAAGGAUGGGCACCACAACCGUUGAUCUUGAAUCAUGCGGCUGUUGGAGGGUUUGUGACGCACUGUGGGUGGAACGCCACGGUGGAAGCUAUCAGUGCGGGGGUUCCGAUGAUAACGAUGCCUGCUUUUGCAGACCAAUACUAUAACGAGAAGCUGAUAACUCAGGUGCAUGGUUUUGGAGUGGAGGUUGGUGCAGCAGAAUGGAGCAUAUCGCCGUUCGAGCCGAAGACGAAGGUGGUGGGUGCGGAGAGGAUAGAAAAGGCGGUGAAGAAGUUGAUGGACGGUGGAGAUGAAGCGGAGAGGAUAAAGAGUAAGGCCAAAGAAAUGAAGGAGAAGGCUUGGAAUGCGGUCCAGAAAGGUGGGUCCUCGUACAACAGUUUGACUGAGCUCAUUGAUCAGCUUCAGAAGCUGGUGCUUGCUGCUCCUGCCGCCAUAUCCAGCCACCUAGAUUUAUGAAGCUACGGAUUAUAUGAUCAUCUAGCAUAGCUUUAUCCAUGCAUGCAGUUUCAUUAAUUAUACAUGUGCACCAAAAUCUUAAUAAGUUCUGAAGCUGUAUGUUUCGCAUGUUUAAAAUUUUGUUCUGAGUUAGGGUCAAUUUGUCUACUCCAAGAACAAAUGUUAUGUUUUGUUUUAAUUUGUUUAUUCCGAUACUGUUUAAAAUCAGUGAAUAAAACACAGCAAAACAUAGUAUUUACUCUUCAA